GCCUCUUUAACGCAUCCAGUGGAAAUGACAAACCAGAGGCGCUCCGUGGGCCAGCAUGUCAAACACUAACAGUAAUCAUUGGUUUUAGCAAAAGCAACUCAGCCGAAACUCACAUCCUCAGACACUAACGAGGCAUAUUUGUCCCAUUUCGUUGGUCUGCGGACGCGUCAAAGUUGGAGCGGGCAUCGCCAAAUGGACGUCGAUGGACUGGAAUGAAACCUCCACUUCUAUCGGACUGAAGGAAGGAGGGAAAGAAGCCUCUGUAUGUUCAAGCUCCAACCGGAGGGGCAUCGGUGCGUGCGUGUUGGAUGUGGGUGCGUGCGGGAAAGUGUGUCCUGGGUGCGUGUGCGUGCGGACCAGCAGCAGGAGCGGCGGCGGCGGCGGCGGUGGUGGCCGCGGGAAGGGAAGUUUAGCGCCGUGAUUUUUCUUCUUUCCCUCUAGUCUGUUGUGUCGUUUCUCAUGUCAUACCAGGGGACAGGCGGAUUAACGGUUCCCUGAUGAAAAUUAAUCAUCUGUGCAGAGACUCUGUGAUCGUGACUAUGAUGAUGUCGAGUAAGAGCGUGGAGUGGCUGCAGGAGGAGCUGGAGUCCGGGGCCAGCUCUCUGCUGCUGCUGGACUGCAGGUCCCAUGAGCUGUACGAGUCCUCGCACAUCGAGUCAGCCAUCAACCUGGCCAUCCCGGGCCUCAUGCUCCGGAGGCUGAAGAAGGGAAACCUCCCUAUCCGCUCCAUCAUCCCCAACAACGAGGACAAGGAGAAAUUUGUCAAGCGGUGCAAGACGGACGUGGUGGUUCUGUACGAUGAGGCGACCUCGGAGCGACAGGAGUCCGGGCUCGGGAGCUCCGUGCUGGGGCUGCUCCUGCAAAAACUGCGGGACGACGGGUGCAAGGCUUUCUAUCUGGAGGGGGGCUUCAAUAAGUUCCAGUCAGAGUAUCCCGAGCACUGCGAGACCAAUCUGGACUGCUCCUGUCCCAGCAGCUCCCCACCAGCCUCCGUCCUUGGCCUGGGAGGACUCCGCAUCAGCUCUGACUGCUCGGAUGGGGAAUCUGACCGCGAGCCAGGCAGUGCCACAGAGUCUGAGGGGAGUCCGCUCCCCAACAACCAGCCAGCAUUUCCCGUCCAGAUCCUACCGUACCUUUACCUGGGCUGUGCCAAAGACUCCAGCAACCUCGAUGUGCUCAGCAAGUACAAUAUCAAGUACAUCCUCAACGUCACGCCCAACCUGCCCAACAUGUUCGAGCAUGAAGGGGACUUCAAGUACAAACAGAUCCCCAUCUCAGAUCACUGGAGCCAGAACCUCUCUCAGUUUUUCCCAGAGGCCAUUUCAUUUAUUGACGAGGCCCGCUCCAAAAAGUGUGGCAUCCUGGUCCACUGUCUGGCUGGGAUCAGUCGUUCAGUGACCGUUACAGUGGCCUACCUGAUGCAGAAGCUCAACCUGUCACUAAAUGACGCAUAUGACUUCGUCAAGCGGAAAAAGUCCAACAUUUCCCCAAACUUCAACUUCAUGGGCCAGCUCCUGGACUUUGAACGGACGCUGGGCCUCAACAGCCCCUGCGACAACCACUCGACCUCCCCGACGCACGACCAGCUCUUCUUCACCACCCCAACUAAUCACAAUGUGUUUCAGCUAGACACGCUGGAGUCCACAUGAAAAUUAGAUAGAGGACUGUCCCUUUUCUGGGGGUUCAAGGUGGUGUCGUUCCAAGCGGCUGUACUGGAAGGAAGCAGCCAGUUUUAAUGAAUGUUUUAGCCUCCCACAGGCUCGUCGUCCGAGAGCCUUGCCACAGGGCAGUGUUGGAGGGACAGAAGAGGUCACAGAUGCCACGUUGAAAGGGGAAUGGGGAGGUUUUUUUUUAACCCAAAAGGGGAACUGACAGACAGGUUUGCAAUGGCGUCCUCCUUGCCGCUGAUUGAAAUUGAGGGAGGAAGAGCCCUGAUCAACAUGUCUUGUGAUGAAGAACCAAGGAGACAUGACUGACUGAGGAACUGAGCGAAGGCGGCAGCAGGACAGACAGCUUCAUACAAAGAUAGUAAUAUGGAAAAAUCUACAGCGCUUGACCUAUGAGACAACAGCAUCCUCUCUGUCUUUCUGUCUCAGCUCUUGAGCUGAGCUGACUGGUGCCAAGUGGAGAGUCUGGGAUUUGCUUGUAGGAAAUCUCACUCUACUGAAUGUAGAGUUUUAUAAACCAAGGAAUUAACACACACACACACACACACACACACAACUAAACAAAGUAUGUAUGUUUGUACUGUAUGUAUGUUAAUGUACAUCGCAGAAAAUGUAUGAGCAGUCCUUAACAAAUUUAGUAUGUCUAUAUGCAUUUUUGUAUAUUUUUGUGUACAUUUACGCACAAAUCUAUACCUUAUAUAAAUAUAUACGCAUAGAAAUCUUAUCUAUCCAAUCCAAUAAUGGCUUAAGAGAAUGUAAAACUAAAGAAAGUGGAAUGGGUGUGGUGGCGCCAACAAAGGUGAACAUUGUGAUAUUCAUAGUUGUCUUCUCUUUUUCUUUCUUUCUUUUUUUUUUUUUUUCAAAGUUUCGUUUUGUCUUUAGGUUAGCAAUGACCUAAUGCAGUUUGCACAGUGGUGUAGCCAAUGACAUGUUGGCACUUGGAGCCAGUGCUUGAAAGCAGGCAGAUAAAGAGACAUUCAGAGAAGAGGAGUGGAGAGGAGAGGCCAGUCCCAGGCUGCGACGAGUCCCGACAGCUGCACAGCGGAGUGGGGAGGGAGCAGGAACUGAGUCCCGAGCAAAUAAUGAGCUUCAGGUGUUAAAGGAUUGGGUCUAGGCCAUAGGGUUAGAAAUGAUCAGUUGAAACGUGGUUGGGUCGUUGACAUUUGGCCAACUGUUUUCAAGUGCAAGUUCCCAGUUCCUACUUCCUUCCCCUUACGCUAUGCCUGUUCAUGACUUCAGUUGCCUAACAAGAAGUACCAGUUGUCUUUGCCAGCUGUUUUAGUCUUUCAUUCAGAAGUUAAACUCUGAAAUUCCUUAGUUAUUUCAUCAUAGCAUCUAAUUGCUCCAACUUGAAUCAGAGGUCAGGGUUGGUGUUGAGGGAUCUUAAAGCAGUGUUAAUAUUUCUAAGCAACUUUUUGGGCAGCUUAUCCUAGCAACCUUUGGCAAGGAAGUGCCUCGACACUCUUGUAUUACCUUACUUCUUUUUUGCCUAAAGGGAGCUGUUCAUUUAUCAUCCUAACUUUGAGUCCUUUUAGGACCAAGGUGCACAUUUGCCAAAAAAGGGACUCUCGGACUGUGACUGUGAUCUGGUCUCAUUGUUGAUUAUGGUGUUGUGGACUGGGACUGGCCUCAGCUACAGGCUGCACUUAGCUACUUAAAUAGCUUCUCAUCCCUUAACUGCAUGAGAGAAAACAGAAGGUCUUUCUGUAAAAGGAUCGCCCAUUUUGUCAAUGGAAAGUUUGAUUCACCCUUAAGCCUUGGGUAUUAUAUGAACGAUAUAUUAUAUUAAACACACAUAUAUAUAUAUAUAUGUAUGUGUGUAUACAUAUAUAUAUAUAUAUAUAUAUAUAUAGAGAGCUAAUAGUAAACAGAUUAUUUUGUAUACCUGAGCAUGAUGUGGCACUAUAUACUGUCUAACAGUAGACAUAACCACAGACUGGAUGUUGCUUUACCAAGGUGGGAAGAUGAAUGAUGGGGACCGUUUUUUUAACUGCUGUUGCUGCUGAACACAGUGGUAAACAGCAUGGGGUUAGGGAGUUUUCUAAGACCCUGUCCACAUAUGAAGCACCUUAACAAAAAUGUCUUAUUAGUCAAAAUUUUGCUGCAGUAGUUUGGGGUUUUUGAGUGAAAUAACACUGCAGCGCUUCGACUAGUGACAGUGUCAUGUAAGAAUAUUUUUGACGUAUUCAGCUCGUAAAUGCACAAAUCUGUGGUAAAUUGCUCUUACCAACCCGAGGAAUGCCACCUCUUCAUGAGGAUUAUUUGUGAGUUAGGACAAUUAGCAUAAUCAAUGCUCCAAAAUGCUACAGAAGAUUACUCAUUCUUCUCAGUUUGUUGAUAGGUUUUCUUCACUAAAAA